AUGACGAUCAAUAGGAAUUUUUUAAACGUGAUGGUACUCAGUUGGGGUUUCAUGCUGGUAUUUACUGCGUUUCAAACGAUGGGCAACAUCGAGAAAACCGUGCUGCAAAGUAUUAGGAAGGAAAAUCCAAGUUUCACCGGCGAGGCUUACACUAGCUUUGCAAUUAUUUACGCGGUAUUUGCCAGUUGCAACUGGCUAGCUCCGUCGUACAUCUCCAUGACAGGUCCAAGGGUCGCUAUAUUAACCGGGGCCUGCUGCUACGUACUUUUCAUAGGAUCCUUUCUAUAUCCGCACAACGCCUUGCUCUAUGGCGCCUCCUGUAUCUUAGGUCUUGGUGCCGCAUUGAUAUGGACGGGACACGGGCAAUACUUGACCGAGAACAGCGAUUCUGAGACAAUGUCCAGAAACGCGGGAAUAUUCUGGGCGAUCUUUCAAACCUCUAUGUUCAUCGGGAAUUUCUUUGUCUACUUCAUGUUCACCGAUCCGGAGAUCAAUGCCUCGACAAGAACGAUUGUUUUCAGUGUGCUCACCGCGUUGGCAAUCAUCGGCAUGUGUGUUCUGGCGACGUUACGGCGAACAUCAACGGGAUUGGUGUUGACCGAGGCUGAAGGUGUUUCUAGUGCCGACAGGGAACUUCAGAUACCUGCACGUUCGCGGGAAAAACCAUUGUUGGCCGCUUGGAACGCGCUCACAGACGCGUUCGGUUUAUUCGUGACACCGAAGAUGCUUCUGUUGUCUUUGACGUUCGUUUAUACCGGCCUGGUGUUGACGUUUUACUCGGGCGUGUAUUCGUCGUGUAUCGGUUUCACGAAAGCGUUGGGCGAACCACGUAAGAGGUUGGUCGGUCUUUCUGGUAUUUUCAUUGGGAUCGGUGAGGUUGUUGGCGGCGCGAUAUUCGGUAUAUUCGCGUCGAAAGUAUCACGUGUUUGCGGCACGUGGACAGUGGUCCUCACCGGGUUCUGCGUGCAUUUGUUCGCGUUCAUUAGUAUUUUCGUGAAUCUGCCGAACGAUUCGCCGUUCAAGGACACCGACAACGUAGGAUUUAUCUCGCCCUCGCAGACUCUCGCCAUGGCCGGAAGCCUCGCGUUAGGCUUCGGUGACGCAUGUUUCAACACCCAAGUGUACUCGUUAUUGGGUGUGCUGUUCGUCGAACAAAGCGCGCCAGCAUUCGCGCUGUUCAAAUUCUGCCAAUCGGUCGCCGCCGCCGUUAGUUUCGCAUACAGCAGCAGCGUGAAGCUUCACAUACAGCUUCUAAUACUGACGAUAACGAUCGUCAUCGGCACCGUUGCGUUCUGUUACGUUGUACGCGUUACGAAAAAGGAACAGGAUAAUGCAACAUCUGAAAAUGAUCCUACUCUCGUCACGGAGUAA